AUGAUGAAUAAGAGAAACACGGAAUAUCUUCCGGAUGAUUUGGUAGUGGAGAUACUCUCUAGGGCUCCGACUAAAUCUCUGGCUCGAUUUCGAUCAACAUCCAAAGGAUGGAACGCGCUAGUAAAAGAGGAGAGAUUUUCGAAGAAGCACUCUGCUAAUGCUUCAAGGCAAUCUCUGGUUAUCAUGUUGAUUGAUUUUAGGGUUUAUGUAGUGAGCGUCGAUCUCCGUGCUAUGCAAGACAACAAGGUUGCUCUAACAAGACAGUUUACCCUAGAAGAUCCUCAGUCUAAUUCUUCGGAAGAAGUUGAUAUAUGCAACGUCAUUCACUGCGACGGCUUACUUUUAUGUACCACCGAAGACGAUAGACUUGUGGUUUGGAAUCCGGUUUCAGGGGAAACCAAGUGGAUCCAACCUAGAAAAUCCUUCCAUAAGAACGAUGUCUUUGCACUUGGUUACGACAGAAAAUCCUCCUGUUACAAAAUCAUGAGGAUGGAUCAUUUUGAUGACCGUUUUGCCACAGCUGAAAAUGAACUAGAAAUAUAUGACUUUACCUCUAACUCAAGGAGUGUUUUGUCUGUGACUGCCUUCGCGUUCUCCAUACGACGGAGCCAAACUCGUGGCGUAUAUGUGAAGGGAAGUACAUACUGGCUUGCUCAUGAUGAGGCGCUGCACAAGUUUCUACAAAGUUUUGAUUUUUCAACAGAGACAUUCCAAAGUCGCUCAUCUCUUCCUUAUCCUCCUGAUCAGUAUUACUCUUCUUGUACUUUAUCAGUGGUUAGAGAGGACCAAAUUUGUCUACUAGACGUCUAUUCAUUAGACGUAUGGAUGUCAUCCAAGAUUGAGAGUAACGGAUUCAUUACGUGGAGCAAGAUUCGAAAAGCCAUAGCCAAUUAUAAGUUUUCUUACGGGAUGAGUUUCGUGGCCGACGAGCAGCACAAAGUCUUAGUGUGUUACGAUAAAAAAAAUUUGCACAUUGUGGCAGAGGAUAGAUACAUACAAGUGACUGAUAAUGGACAUGGUGAAAAUUCUUCUUGUGCAUUUGUUCAGAGUUAUGUUCCGACUUUGGUUCGAAUCCAACAAGGUUUAUAA